CAACAACAAGAAGAAGAAGAAUUUGCGCUCUCAGUCGGUAAAUGUUCAACGUGUUUUACUUAAAUUAUCUGUUUAUGUUCAGAUUUUCAUCAGGAGAGAGUUGAAGAGGCGGUGAAGACAAAACUGAUGGAGAGAGACAGUUUACAGGAGCUGGAAAAGGUUUCCUGUCAAUCUUCAGUGUGUGUGACUGAUGGGACCUCCACAGAAUGUCAGGAUUCAGUGUGGAGCGGCAGAGAUCAGUCCACACCACAGCAGCUGCUGGACAAACUCUCUGAACAGAGAUCCAGAGACACACAGGACUCACAGCUCACUUUACUCUGUUCUACUGAUGCUCAGGAGAGUGUGUGUGACAGUAAUCAGGGUGAUCAAACCUCCACAGAGUCUCUGACUUCUGUCUGUAACGCAGGAGAACAGCAGAUGCUGCAGACACCAGUGAAGAUUGAAGUGAAGCAGGAGGAGAUAAAAGAAGAAAUCACAACAGAGGAACAACAGAGAGGUGAUGAUGAUGAUGAUGAAGAUGAAGAUGAUGGAGAACUGCAGACACCAGUGAAGAUUGAAGUGAAGCAGGAGGAGAUAAAAGUAGAAAUCACAGCAGAGCAACAACAGAGUGAUGAAGGUGAUGAUGAUUUUAUUCAUUCAGAGCUGAAUGAAGUGGAGGAGAAACUUCAGGAUCAGAAUCAUCAUGAUUUUAUAACUAUUGAAGAAUCUCUGAGUGGCUCAAAAACUAACAAGAAUAUCUCACCAGAAAACAAUCAAAGAAGAGCAGCCAAAAAUACUUUCACCUGCUCUCAGUGUGGAAAGAGUUUCAAAUGUAAAAGCUGGCUUAAUACACACAUGAUAGUCCAUACUGGAGAGAAGCCCUACACGUGCCAUCAGUGUGGAAAGAGUUUUGCAUAUGUAUACUCUUUCAAGGAUCAUCUCCACUCUCACUCUGGAGAAAGACCAUUUGAAUGUGAUAAAUGUGAUAAAACGUUUGUUUUGGCAUCGUACCUAAAACGACAUCUGAAAGUGCACACAAAUGAGAAGCCUUACAGUUGUUCUUUUUGUGGAAAGAGUUUUGCACACAUGUCCAGUGUAAAAGAGCACCAGACAAUACAUACUGGUGUUGGGGCUCAUAUGUGCUUUGAAUGUGGGAAGAUUUUUGCUACAGCUAGCAACUUGAAACGGCAUGAAAUAAUUCAUACUGAAGAGAAACCAUACAAGUGCUCACACUGUGAUAAGAGUUUCACACUGUCACAAACCUUGAUAAGACACAAGAGAACCCAUACUGGAGAAAAACCUUACAAAUGCUCACACUGUGGGAAGAGUUUCACACAUUCAGAUAGCUUGAAAACACAUGAGAGAAACCAUACUGGAGAGAAACCAUACAAGUGCUCACACUGUGGAAAGCUUUUCACUCAGUCACAAUACCUGAAAUAUCAUGAGAGAAUUCAUACUGGAGAAAAACCUUACAAGUGUGCACUCUGUGGAAAGUGUUUCAAUCAGUCAAAUCAUUUGAAAACACAUGAGAGAAACCAUACUGGAGAAAAACCAUACAAGUGCUCACACUGUGAAAUGAGUUUCAUUGCGUUACAAAGCUUGAAAACACAUGAGAGAAUCCAUACUGGAGAAAAACCUUACAUGUGCUCACACUGUGGAAAGAGUUUCACUAAGUCUCAAACCCUGAAAACACAUGAGAGAAUCCAUACUGGAGAAAAACCUUACAUGUGCUCACACUGUGGAAAGAGUUUCACUAAGUCACAAAAUCUGAAAAAUCAUGAGAGAAUUCAUACUGGAGAGGAACCAUACCACUGCUCUUUAUGUGGUAAAAGUUUCAGAGCAGGAAGUGCUCUAUGGAAACAUUUAAAAAAUGAUUGCCCAAGUAGUCAAAGUGAGCUAAAAUCGUCUUCAGGUCCAAACAGAUCAAGUAAUUAGUUGUAAAUUCAGAUAAAC